UGGAGUAGUUUGCCAUCAUUGGUUUUGUGUUCUUUUACAGUCUGAAAAGGUCUAUUUUCAUAUUUCUCUUAUUCCAAGACGUUGGUACAAAGAUGAAUUUAUGGAUGCGGUGGUUACUAAUGAGCCAUUUGUUAGAAACAAAUCAUUAGAAAAAAACAGUUCAACACCAUCCUUACCUUCUUUUCCAGAUGUUGCUGAUUCGUGGAAUACCAUGCUUAUUGAACCUCCUGUACAAACUGCAGUGAAAGUGAUUGGCCGCAAACAAUCAAUUAAAGGAACAUUGCUUGGACUUGUCCGUAAAUAUGUAGAAGAAGCACAAUGCAACAAACGAACUAUAGAACAGGAACUGAAUGAUAAUCAAAUU